AGCAGACAAUGGAUUAUGAUUUCAAGGCGAAGCUGGCGGCGGAGCGGGAGCGGGUGGAGGAUUUGUUUGAGUACGAAGGGUGCAAAGUGGGACGCGGCACCUACGGGCAUGUCUACAAGGCGAGGCGAAAAGAUGGAUUCCAGGAGGGCUUCGUGUAUGGACCUCAAGCGUUGGAGGUAGCAGACUUUUCAGCAGAAGGUCCUUGGGACCAAAGAUGGCCCAGGGCUGAUCUGGACACCUGGUAGUAGUAUUAAUAGGAGCCAAGAAGCCUUGAACCUGUCUAAUUAUGAUUGUAACGAGUGGGGUUUGGCCAAACCUUAACUACACUUGUGCAUACGAGCUGCUGAAUGGGCUUCACCUUGCUAAACGUGACUGGAGGCUGGUCAUCAAGCUUGGACAUUUUUGAAAGAAAAGAUGAAAAGGAAUAUGCAUUGAAGCAAAUUGAAGGCACAGGAAUAUCCAUGUCGGCUUGUAGAGAGAUUGCACUUUUGCGAGAAUUGAAGCACCCUAAUGUGAUCGCCCUGCAGAAGGUGUUCCUUUCUCACAGUGACAGGAAGGUGUGGCUGCUGUUUGAUUAUGCCGAGCAUGAUUUAUGGCAUAUUAUUAAGUUUCAUCGUGCAUCAAAAGCAAAUAAAAAGCCCAUGCAGUUGCCAAGAUCUAUGGUUAAAUCAUUACUUUACCAGAUUCUUGACGGUAUCCAUUACCUCCAUGCAAAUUGGGUGCUUCACAGAGAUCUGAAACCAGCAAAUAUCCUAGUAAUGGGAGAAGGUCCUGAGAGGGGGAGAGUCAAAAUAGCUGACAUGGGUUUUGCCAGAUUAUUCAAUUCUCCUCUAAAGCCACUAGCAGAUUUGGAUCCAGUAGUUGUGACUUUUUGGUAUCGGGCUCCAGAACUUUUGCUUGGUGCAAGGCAUUAUACAAAGGCCAUUGACAUAUGGGCAAUAGGUUGCAUAUUUGCUGAAUUGUUGACUUCAGAACCUAUUUUUCACUGUCGUCAGGAAGAUAUAAAAACAAGCAAUCCCUUUCAUCAUGAUCAACUAGAUCGGAUAUUUAGUGUCAUGGGGUUUCCUGCAGAUAAAGACUGGGAAGAUAUUAGAAAGAUGCCAGAAUACCCCACACUUCAAAAAGACUUUAGAAGAACAACGUACGCCAACAGUAGCCUCAUAAAGUACAUGGAGAAACACAAGGUCAAGCCUGACAGCAAAGUGUUCCUCUUGCUUCAGAAACUCCUUACUAUGGAUCCAACCAAGAGAAUUACCUCAGAGCAGGCUCUGCAGGAUCCCUAUUUUCAGGAGGACCCCUUGCCGACAUUAGAUGUGUUUGCUGGCUGCCAGAUUCCAUACCCCAAACGAGAAUUCCUUAAUGAAGAUGAACCUGAAGAGAAAGGUGACAAGAAUCAGCAACAGCAGCAGAACCAACAUCCGCAGCCCGCAGCCCCGCCGCAGCAGGCAGCAGCCCCUCCACAGGCAGCCCCGCAGCAGCAGAACAGCACCCAGGCCAACGGGACUGCAGGAGGGGCCGGGGCGGGGCCUGGGGCCGCCGGAGCAGGGCUGCAGCACAGUCAGGACUCCGGCCUUAAUCAGGUGCCUCCAAACAAGAAACCGCGGCUAGGGCCUUCAGGCACAAACUCAGGCGGGCCUGUAAUGCCGUCAGAUUAUCAGCACUCCAGUUCGCGCCUGAAUUACCAAAGCAGUGUUCAGGGAUCCUCUCAGUCCCAGAGCUCACUAGGCUAUUCCUCCUCAUCUCAGCAGAGCGCACAGUACCACCCAUCUCACCAGGCCCACCGCUACUGACCCGCUACAGCCAGAGCACAGACUCCAGCAAUAUGACGUCUGCAUUGAAGAGAACCAAAAGUGCAAACUCUGAUGCUGUUUAAAACUCAUCCACUUAGGAGGAAAACUAUUUACUGAGCAUUUUGCAGGACUGACUGAUGUCUUCAUUGACUUAAAGAAGAUUUUUGUGAAGUUUCCCCAGCACCCUUUCCCUGCAUGUGUUCCAUUGUGACUUCUCUGAUAAAGCGUCUGAUCUAAUCCCAGCACUUAACUUCUGUAACCUUCAGCAUUUUGGGGAAGGAUUUCCUGGUGCACCUUUCUCAUGCUGUAGCAAUCUCUAUGAUUUAUCUUUUCAAAGCUCUUUUACUAGGAUUUUAAUGUUUUAGAAACAGGAUUCCAGUGGUGUAUAGUUUUGUACUUCAUGAACUGAUCUAGCAACACAGGUAAAUAUGCACCUUUUAAAGCACUAUGUUGUUUUCACAGAAUAUAACUCUUUUGCUCAUGGAAGUCUUAAAUGGGAACUGUUACUGUCCCACAGUACUUUACUAUUACGUUUUUAUUUCUCUAGUUUCAGGGAAGGUCUAAUAAAAAGACAAGUGGUGGUACAGAGGGAACCUGCAACCAAAAACAGCCUAGAUCUUUGCAGUUACUAUGCUUUAUGCUAUGAAGAACUAAAGUAUGUGGUAAUUUUUAUAUAACCAUUCAUAUGGAACUUAGUUCCCAGAAUCACCUUAUUCUGAAUAGUAUCCAGUAAUUAAGAAUUAUAAUUUUAACCUUCAUGUAGCUUACGUCUACUUUAAAAAGGGUUUCAAGAGCUUUGAUGAAAUACAGUCCUCUGGUGACCCACACCAGAAAACUGAAGAGAAUAUUAACUGCACUAGGAUUUCUUUAAGGAGUAAUGUUGAUCAAAGGGAAGGAAAAGCUUUUAGUGUGUAUUGUACAUAAAGUUGGCUUCUCUAAAGAACUGUUGGUUUCUUCACAUCUGGGUCAGUUUGAGUAACGUUCCUUACAUAAUCAAGGGUACUCAAAUAGAAGCCUGCAAAUUAAUCUGCUUUUAAAAUAAACAGCAGUGUUCUCCAUUCGUAUUUGCAUUAGACAUAGAGUGACUAUUUUUAAAGCAUGUUAAAAAUUUAGGUUUUGUUCAUGUUUAAAGUAUGUAUUAUGUAUGCAUAAUUUUGCUGUUAUUACUGAAACUUAAUGCUAUCAAGAAUCUUUUCAUUGCACUGAAUGCUUUCUUUUGCCCCUAGGAGAAAACUUAAUAAUUGUGCCUAAACUAUGGGCAGAUAGUAUACGACAUAUUAGAUAAGUGCUAUUUGCAUUUCUAUGAUCUAUGAAUUAGAGGCUGAGUUCUUUCUUAGCCAGCGUAAGGAAGCUCCCCAGAGUCACAAGGAAAUGUAAAGACUUAGAGCUCCCAUUGUAAUGUAAGGGGCAAGAAAUUUGUGUUCUUCUAAAUGCUACUAGCAGCACCAGCCUCGUUUUAAUGUUUUCUUGAGCUAGAAGAAAUAGCUGAUUGUUGUAUAUGCAAGUUAUAUGCAUUUUUUAACUCUUCUUUGUGAACUUAUCUACCUGGUUAUGAUACUCUGGGUCCAUAUACAAGUACAAUAAGUUUUAGACAGAAGCCAGUAUACAUUUUGCACUAUUGAUGUGAUCCUGUAGCCAGCAAGGACCUUACUGAUCUCAGCAUUAUAAUGCUUAUUAUUAAUAACAAAGACUAUACAGUGACACUCAUCAACACUGAAGAUGAAACUGUUGACAUGCUCCACUGGAAGGAAUUUCUGAUUGUCUCCAUAGUAAUUUACCCCUUCCAUUUUUGCAAAUGAGAAAUUAGGAGCCCUCUGCAUAAUGUAGCUACCCAAGUAAAGUUCUGUCCUGUGACCUGAAGCCUCACUGUCAUCAGAUGCUCACUGCACCCUCACCUCGUGCCCAGCAUUAUGCUGGGGGGUGAGACACAAAGGGCAAGACAUACUUCCUGUCCUUGAAGAGCUUAUGAUUGAUUCCAUGACAGGAAGCUUUCCUGGGAUGACAGGCUUAUAAAUGAAACCAUCUUAGAACAUGAAGGUCUAUUCGUUUACUUCUAAACCCACUUGGAGAGAGUUAUUAUUCCAAAUUUUGCUCUGUAAUAAACAAGUGUCAUGGAGAGGUUUCUAUGCUUAUCUACCUUCAAGAAAGCCAGCAAUUAAUAUCACCACAGGCAUUAAUAUAUAUUUGAAAUGUUCACAGCAGCCUUUCAACAACAAUUGGGUGGCCCUUGUAGGCAGAACACAACUAAGUGUUUGUAGGAAAUUACGAUGAAAAUAGAAGCUCUGUUCCUGCCCUCAAGGAGAGCUUACAUUUAGUAAAAGACGAACCCAAAUAUGUGCAUGAACCAAAAUAUCAUGCCCCUUAGUACUUUAUAAGCAACUUUGAUAUAAAUCCUUGUGAUAUGCGCUUAUAUGAUCAUGGGACUACCCUGCUUUCCUUGUAUGUAGUGAAUUUUAGUGGCAGAACUGAUAUAGAAACUGUGAGGGGAUUUUUUCAGUUGCUCCCAGUGUUCUCCACACAGGAUCUAGCCAGAUAUGCCAAUUACACAUGUGACUGGGUUUCUGGUCACUGCACUGGUACUGGCCCUUUCCUCCUGUGCUCUUGCCUGAGAGUUGGUGAUGCCCACUGGUGCUCAUUACCCUUUGAAAUAAUUUUGGUUCAUAAUUUCCUUUUCCUUGUAAAGGGGAACAAAGCCUUUAACAUACUUGUGGGCCCUAAAACUGUGGGACCUCGAAGGAGACCUGUGAAGCUUUUUGAGGUUAAAAUUUACCUUUUUGGUCCCCAAAUGACCCCAUUCCUCUUUAAAUAUUUAUUACCAUCAAUGUCCCCUGAGAAUGCAGGGUGGCCUUCCAAAGCAGGGGAGGUUAUGGGAAAGAAGGAAGGAAUCAAAGUGAAGGUCUUCUGUGCUCCAUAGUACAAAUCAGUUUUCGGGUUAGCUUUCUGGUAAGUUGUGUGUUUGGGAAAAGGGAUUCUAGGGUUUCAGGACAGCUGAGUCAAGGGUAAAGUAGCCUGGUGGCAGGACUGAUACUAUGAGGCUGAAACAAUCCUUAUGAUGAAGUAGAUCAUGCAGUAACAUACAAAAACCAAGGACAUGUAUAUUUUUAUAUCUGUGUGGUUUUAAAACUUUAGUACUUAGAACUUUGGCCUUCUGCACUACUCUUUUGCUCUUGUAAACGCAAUUUACAUUUAAGAAUGGAAAGGGAUGGCAUUUGCUUACGUGAUCACUGCCUCAUUCCUGGUGAAGCAACUGCUAGUUGUAUGCCUCUAAAAUGAUGCUGUUUUCUCUGCUAAAGAUAAAAGAAAAGAAAAAAUAGUUGGACAAUAAGACUUGCAGCUUAAUCUGCUUUGAAUAAUUGUAUGUAACAGAAACUAUACAAUGAAGGAAUAUUCUAUGAAAAUUAUGAAUCCUAACUUCUAUGGUGUUAUCUUUCUGGGGAAUGGAGAAAGGCAGUGAAAUGGCAGUUAGACUAAAGGAGGCUUGAAGGAUUCAAGUAUAAAUAAUAUUUUAUAUAAAACAUAGCUGUUUAGGUUUCCUUAAUCUUCAAGAAUAGUCACAAAUAUCAUAAAGCAAAGUUCAUUGUUUUAGGAAUUUUUAAAAAUGUGUUGUACCUAAGGCCAUACUUACUCUUCUGUGCUAUCACUGCAAAGGAGUGAUAUGUAUGUAUUAUAUGAAAAAAAAAUCCUUAAUGCACUGUUAUCUCCUAAAUAUUUAGUAAAUUAAUACUAUUUAAUUUUUUUAAAGAUUUGUCUGUGUAGACACUAAAAGUAUUACACAAAAUCUGGACUGAAGAUGUCCUUUUUAACAAUUUAAAGUACUUUUUAUAUAUGUUAUGUAGUAUAUCCUCUCUAAACUGCCUAGUUUGUAUUUCCCAUAAUUCCUAUUUGUGAAGUGUACCUGUCGUUGUCUCUUUUUUCAGUCAUUUUCUGCACGCGUCCCUCUUUAUACGAUUAUAGACAUGACUAUGUGUGCUUUCCACACACUGCUGCGAGGUGUGCACUCAGAGCCAGCCACCCCCCGCCCCCCACCCCCCGCCUUCCAGCGAGGCUCGCUCCGCGGGCUGCAGGAUGAGCUGCUGCUUUGGAGCCGAGUGUUUCCCGCUUUUGAGUUGUCCUGACAUCCUUCCUGAAAUGACUGUUAAGACAAAAAUAAAUUACAUUGCAUUUAUUUUAUAUUCUUGGUUGUAAUAAAAUUUAAUUGACUUUG